UGGCGGGAAUUUAAAAAAAUUCAAACAAUGAUCGUGGAAUUAAUAGCCGGGUCGGCGAAAAUGAGCUCCCUUAACUUGGCACCUCAAAAUUAAUUUUUUUAAUUUUGUUAUAAACAAAUUAGUUGUCUGUCCAAUGUCCGUCAAUGUCCGAUAUAAUUUUUUAUUUGUCCGAUAAUUGUUUAUUUUUAAAAAAUUAAACAAAUUUUUGUUAUUAAGUUUCGUAUUGUUUUUUGAACAAGUCAAUUACAAAUAAAAAAAGAAAAAAAAAAAACUAAAAAUAUGCACAUGUUGAAAAUUCAAAAAACUAUAGGUACAAUUUUUUCCAAUAUUUUUUGUUUUUUAAAUUAUUGAAAAAAAAAAAUCCAAAUAUUAUUAGACGUCAGCUUACUUCAGUAUCAUAAAAAAUAUCAGUCUCGAAUCGUUCGAGUUAAAAUAAUCGAUUAAAAAUGUAAAUACAGUAGAAAAUCGAUUGCAUUAAUAAUCGAUUCUGAAUCGUACUUUUUAACAAUCGGCAAUUUUGUUUAUUAUGAUAAGCAAAUGAAUAUAAAAUUUUUAAAAAGUGCUAGUAUUAUUAUCAAUUAUUAAAAUUAAUAAAAUAAAAAAUUUUAAAAUCAUUCUUGACUUUUAAAUCAUAAAAAUAUAAAGAUGGUUUUCUUGACACGUUUCUUGUGUCUCCCCAAGAAAAUUCCAAGAAAAUUUUUACGAGCCGGUUUUCUUGACAGUCUAAAUUUACGAGUUAAGGCAGGUACCGGUGGCAUGGGUUUAGCACGAUACGGUGGAGUUGGUGGUCGAGGUGGAGAUGUAGUUAUUGUAGCUACUGAAGGAUUGUCAUUACAUCAUAUAGCUGCAAAAUAUCGUGACCGAAAAAUUAUAGCCGGCCACGGCAACGACAGCGAGAAAAGAGGUAUCAUUGGUCAACCUGGUGAAAAUGUCGAAAUCCAAGUACCUCGAGGAGUUACCAUCUAUGAUUCGAAUAAAGUUGUCAUUGGUGAAGUAGAUCAGCCAAAUUCGAAGCUAGUCGUAGCUCGUGGUGGGAUCGGUGGUUGUCCUGAGAACGGUUUCAGUGGACAGAAAGGCCAAAAUCAUGUUAUAACUCUCGAUUUAAAAUUAAUUGCCGACGUUGCUUUAGUAGGAUUUCCUAAUGCUGGUAAAAGUACUCUGUUAAGAUCGAUAUCAAAUGCCAAGCCACGAGUUGCUGAUUAUCCUUUUACGACAAUUCGUCCUAAUUUAGGAAUAAUAAAUUACCCAGAUCUCCGAAGAAUUACGGUUGCCGAUUUACCAGGACUUAUUGAAGGAGCUCAUGUCAAUAUUGGCAUGGGCCACAAAUUUCUUAAGCAUUUAGACAGAACAAAACUGCUUGUUUUCAUUGUAGACAUUCAGGGUUUCCGUUUAUCACAACAGCACAGUUACCGCGACUGUCUCGAGACAGUUAUUCUGCUGAACAAAGAAUUGGAACUUUAUAACCCAGACUUGUUGGACAUGCACGCAAUUCUUUUGGUGAAUAAAAUGGAUACUCCGGAUGCUGAUGUUAAGUUCAAAGAAAUAGAGUCAAUGUUACGUGAUCUCAGUACAGUAGUGCGUAAAAUUCCUGAUGAAAUACAACCCGAGAGAUUGAUUGAGUUUGACGAAAUUAUAAAGACAUCAUUGAUUAGCAAAAAUAAAGACGAAAUACAGAUGAUUAAAGACCGAAUUCGUCAUCAUCUAGACAAAAUAGCCAUAGAAGAAGUUAAAGAACGUGAAGAUAAAAAUGUUGAAGUAGAACUCUACGAAAAACUUAAAUCCGAAUCACGGACACAUGCUCCGACGAUGGUUUAAUUUUUAUAUAUGUAUAAACUUUAUUUUAUAUAUGUAAAUAAUUAUUCUUAUUAAAUAAUUUUUUAGUAAUUGCUAUUUAAAAAAAACAAACU